AUGCUACACGUUAUUUUCCAAAGCAAAGAGCUACAGGUUUUGAUUGUCUACGACCGCACGUCAAUCUGGGUCUUGAUGUUCGGAAUAUCUCACGAUGAUCCCGUCGAGAAGUUCACCGAAGAGUACUGUCGCAGCGCCAUGGACAAAGCUAUUGGCGAGCAGACGGACUACGAGAUAGCCAAUAUUUGCGCUUGGGAGGCGCCCCUUCGCAUCUCUGACUUCUACGGGUCUCCUGCAUUUCCAAAUGCUUUCGUCCUGGGCGACGUCACACACUCAUUCCCCAACACGGGUGGCCUCGGGGCCAACACAGACUCGCAGAGUCCGCCGAUGUACAUACAUAACCUAGGUUGGAAGAUUCAUGCCGUGAAGGAAGGAUAG